ACUAUAGGUGCGACGAACUGCCGGCCCGCGCCCGCCACCCCCGAUUUAUCGGUCCCGCAUACUACCGCUGUACUUCAAUACAGACAGACAGUCGCAUUUUGCCCGUCGAGCGCUGUGUACGUGAUUUUUCUACGUAACCAAAUAAAUAGAUCUCAAUAUAAUGGCCUGCUCAGUCGAUGCCCCCUCCCUCAAGGACCUCCCAAAGGUCGCCACGGACCUCAAAAGCCAGCUUGAGGCUUUCAACCCGAGCUGCCUUCGCGACGUCGACACUAAUGAGAAAAUAGUUCUGCCAUCCGCAGAAGAUGUUGCAAAAGAAAAGCAACACACGGCUCUACUUCAAGGGGUUGAACAAUUUCAAACUUCGUCUUUGAGGAAAACGGAAACAAUUGAAAAAAAUGUACUGCCCAACGCAUUAGAUGUUGCCACUGAGAAAACUCAAAAGUCCCUGUUUGACGGAAUCGAAAAGUUCGACGCAACCAGAUUGAAACACACCGAAACACAGGAGAAGAAUCCGCUUCCCGACAAAGAUGUUGUAGCAGCUGAGAAGGCACACCAGAAUCUACUCGAUGGAGUUGAACAUUACGACAAAACCCAAAUGAAACACACCACGACGGAAGAGAAGAACCCCCUGCCGCCAAUCGAAGCUAUCGAAGCGGAGAAAGAGAAGAACAAGUUCUUAAACGGCAUCGAGAACUUCGACCCAACCAAGCUGAAGCACACUGAGACGUGCGAAAAGAACCCUCUCCCCACCAAGGACAUCAUCGAACAGGAGAAGACAGCCUGAACUGUCCCCCACUUAUUUAUCGCAACUAUAUCUCGCUAGUAACGCCGUAUUUUAGUAACUAUAAGUUUUAUCAUUACGGGAACCGGCCUGUGUUGCCAGCCACAAAAAUUCCCCCACAAUGUUGGUAAACAACUCGGGACUGCUGACUCGCAAGCCGGCCUUCCAUUAGACUAUAGGAACCAAAAUUUUCUAUGUCACUUUUAACGGUAUUGGAUAAGUGUAUUUUACGAGCAUUUUAUUUAAUUUAAACGAAGUAAUUAAGUAUCUGUACUGAUUUUUAUUUAAGUGAGAACGCUGCACUCCUUUGUUUUAUUUUACAAUAAUUACGUACGUUUAUUGUAUGUAUAUUUGCGUUCGCGUUAAGUAUUCUACGAAUGAGAUUAUCUGGUAAUAAUGAUUAAUGAUAUUAUUAAAAUUAUAAUCAUUUAGGAGUGUGGUUACCAAGACUGUUUCGGAUCAUUAUAUUGAUUUGGUUUAAUGCGCAUUGAUAAUUUCUUCACGUAUAAAUAUGUACAAUGAAAAUAGAAUGCGCCAUAGACCUGGUUUAAAUUAAUUUGAUUUUAUUUAUUUUGAUACAACUAGUAAUAAUAAUAUUAAUGCUCAACGUGCAAAUGUAAUUUUCGAAACAUAUUUUACUUUCUUGUGAUGAACAAUAAAUUUUAUACUAUUAUAACUAUUGCAAUAACCAUUUUUCAAUUUUAUAUAACGCUAACGAUGCCAAUAAAACAGUCUAUCGAAAUUUUGUAUGUUUUACAGACGGUGCUUUUUAUAAAUAUAGAAUUAAAAAAUA